GCGGGGACGUGGGAGCUUGGCGGGGAAGCCAGACUGGCUUUGGAGGUGCUGGGGGCCUGCCAUGGACACCAGCCUGGGAAGGGGGGAAGGGGAGGGUCUUCCUGCCCGGAACUCCAGAGGGGGAAGCCCCCAGCAUCAGGGUGAGCUGCCCCUCCUCUUGCCCAGGACCCCAGUGGUCCAGCUGGGUGUUUAAGGUGUCUUUUCUUCUUUUCUAAGUUAUUUAAAUUUUCUGUUCCUUGUCCUGGUAACUCCCGAGGGCAGAAGGGAGGGGCUGGGGGGGUUGGGGCCUGCACGGGUUUGUGGGCGAGGCAGAGCCAGCGGGAGGGACGCCUUUCCAUGUGGCUCCGAGGGUGGCUGGAGCUGUGCUCAGUGUCUGUUCUGUGUUGGUGCUUGCUGGCGUGCUAUCGCGUUGGGGGCCUUAUCAGAGCAAUUAUUUCCAGGGGUGGUUCCUUAGGGGUGUCUGUAUUUCAGCACCAGCUGGACGACAGGUUCCACACUGCAGCCGUAGGCCAGUGGCAAAGCGCGUGUGCUCUCCUCCUAGGAGGGUUGUGUGGCUCUUAUGCAAAGUGGCUUACAUUUCAGGAGAUGCUUCUGUCGCCCGGGGAAGGAAGUGGGAGCCCGGAGGGUGGAGAUAGCCACCUCUUCGGCCUGAGGUCCAGAAGGACGCCCUAGAGUAGUGUGCGUGUGGCUUUGCCUUGCCGUUGGGACUCUGCUGUCAGCAGUGAGGGGUCACAUGUCUAGUGCGUGCUCUGAGGUCGCACGUGCUCUUUCUCUGUGGGGCCUUGUCCUUCUAGAGGAGGCAGCCAGAAAGCAGAGUCACCGUGAUGCCACCUGGGAUGGCCUCCUGCAGGAGGUGGGGACUGGGCAGGACGGGGUUGUGGUCCUAAGAAUCUUUGGCUGUUCCUUCUCCUUCCCAUUUCAUGAUGUAGUUGAGAGCAGACCAGGCUGGGUUGCUGUCCUCCCCGCUCCCACCUACCCCCUCCUUGUCUCCCUCCAUCCCUCCCUCUAUCUCUCUCUUCUUCCCUCUCUUUCUUCCCUCUCUCCCUAUCUCCCCCUCCCUCUUUCUUUAUGUCUCUCUUUCUCUGGCACUUUAUCCCCCUCUCUCCACUGAGACCACUAGUCCUUUUACUUGGUAAACUUCUUUUAAAAAAAAUUUAAAUUGUUUAUUUUGAAAUAGUGAUAGAUUCGUAGGAAGUUACAAAGAUAGUGAACCCUAAAGGGUGCAGUUGACAUAGUCAUAGUGCAGCAUCCAAACCAGGAGGCUGACCUUGGUGCAGGGCAUGUGUUCUGUGUCGUUUUAUCACUGCGUGGGCUUGUGUGUGCGCAGUCAAGGUACAGAAGCGUCCCACCCCCACCACAAAGUUCUGCCGCACGCUGCCCCUUUAUAACCAUGCCUUCCCCUCGCAGCCCCGCUGUCCCUCAUCCUUGGCAACCACUGAUGUGUUUUCCGUCUCUGUAACGUCAUCUCGAGACCAUGAGGGAAAUGGACUCGCACAGUGUAUGGGCUGUUCUCACUCAGCAGUACGCCCCUGAGAGCCAUCUACGUGGUGUGUGUACCGGUAGUCUGUUCCUUUUUGUCACUGAGUGGCAUUCCGUGACGUGGCUGUGCCACGGUUUGUUUACCCAUUCACCUACUGAGAGACGUUUUGGUUUCCAGUGUGGGGCUGUUACGUAUAAAGCCCACACGGCCGGUCAGGUACAGGUUUCUGUGCGGACAUAAGUUUGCCUUUCUUUGGAACAAAUGUCAGGAGUACAGUUGCUGGGUCGUAUCGUAAGUGUGUGUUUAAUUUUUAACGACAAGGAUGUCCACUCUUGUCACUUCUCUUUAACGUUGUCCUGGAGGUUUUACACGGGGCAGUUAGUCAAGAAGAAUAAAGGCAUCCAGAUUGGAAAGGAAGAAGUAAAACUGUCACUAUUCGCAGACACUGUGAUCUUGUGUAUAGAAUAUUCUAAGGAAUCCACUAAAAAAAAGUCUUAGACUGAUCAGUGAGUUCAUCAGCACUGCAGGAUACAGGAUCGAUACACAAAACUCAACUUUGUUUCUGUAUACUUGCAAUGAAUAACCUAAAAUGAAAUUAAGGGAACAGUUAUAUUUACAGUAGAAUCAAAAAGAAUGAAACACUUAGGAAUACUGUAACAAAAGAAGUGCAAAACUUAUAAUCUGAAGAGUAUAAAAUGUUGUUCCAAGAAAAUAAGGAUUUAAAUGCAUGGGAAAAUACACUGUGUUUAUGGGUCAGAAGGUUUAACACUGUUAAGAUGUCCAUACUCCUCAAAUUGAUCUGCAGAUCAUCCCAGUCCCUAUUGGAAUUCCAGUUGGUUCCUUGGCAGAAACCGACAAGCUGAUUCUAAUCCCUGAUUCAUAUGUAAUUUCAAGGGACCCAAAAUAGCCAAAACAAUCUUGAGAAAGAACAUAGGGGGAGCAUUCACACUUCCUAAUUUAAAAACUUACUACAAAGCAACAGUAGUCAAGACAUUGGACUAGAAGAUAGUCCAGAGAUGAACUGAUGUGUCUGUGAUCAGCUGAUGGUGACAAGAGCGCUAAGACCAUCCAGUGGGGGAAAGAAUAAUCUCUUUAAUAAGUGGUGCUGGGACAACGGGACAUCCACAUGCCGAAGAGUGGGCCGGGCCCUCACCUGGCACCAUAAACAAAAAUCAACUCAAAAUGCGGUAAGUGACCUAAACGCAAGAGCUAAAAAUCUAAAACCCUCGGAAGAAAACAGGGCAGUCAAUCUUCAUGACCCUGAAUUUGACUAAGGAUUCUUAUAUAUGAUACCAAAAACGUGAACAACCAGAGAAAAAGGAUAGAUACAUUUGACUUAAGAAUGUAAGACUUUUGUGGCAGCAUCGAGGUGAACAGACAACCCACAGGAUGGACGAAGGAAUUCGCGAAUCGUGUGUCUGGUAAGGGACUUGUAUCCAGAGUUAAUAAGGAGCUCUUACAACCCAACAGUGAAAGACAACCCAAUUUAAAAAUGGGCAGAGGGUCUGAAUAGACAUUUCUGCAGGGAAGAUACUCAGAUGGCAAACAAGAUGGAAAGAUGAUACCAUUCGUCAUCCGGGAAAUGCAAAUCACACCCACAGGGAGGCGUCCCCUCACACCCGCUGGGCUAGUUACAUGCUGGUGAGCAGCACGUGGAGGAACCGGAACGCUUGCCCAUUGCUGGAGGGUGUGAAAUGUGCAGCUGCCGUGGGGACAGGCUGGUGGCCCCCCCAUGAGUCAACAGCAUCAGCUGCGACCCCGCAGUCCCACGCCUAGUGCACACCCCAGAGAAACGAAAGCACACGUCCACACGAAGACUUGCACAUGAUUACUUAGAGAAGCUUUAUUCAUCAUGGCCAAAAGGUGGAACCCCGAAUAGUGUCCCCUGAGAGACAAACGGGUGAACAAAGUGUGCAUUCGCACGGUGGAAUAUAUAACCUUUGCCCAUUUUCUCACAAACUAGGAAGCACGGGGUUGUACCUUUCGUGUGGGUGAAUUGUGAGGGGUGGGGACCCCAUCUCAAUCAAGUGUUUUUUUUUUCUUUUUUUUUAAAGAUUUUAUUUAUUUUUUGGCAGAGAGAGACACAGCGAGAGAGGGAACACAAGCAGGGGGAGUGGGAGAGGGAGAAGCAGGCUUCCCGCCGAGCAGGGAGCCCGAUGCGGGGCUCGAUCCCAGGACCCUGGGACCAUGACCUGAGCCGAAGGCAGUCGCUUAACGACUGAGCCACCCAGGCGCCCCAAGUGGUUUUUUUUCAAACAGAGAAAUGGGCUGUGUUCCAGAGUGGCAGCACCCAUCCCCUGUCCAGCUUCGGGCGGUGUGGCUGUCUUCUGUCCCUGCCACCCUGAUGGGUGUGCAGGGCUGUCUCGGUGUGGCUGCCUUUCCCUGGGCUUGUCGGCCAUCCAUCUGUCCUCUCUGGGCAAGUGUCUUUUUGUCCAUUUGUCUUUUGUCUGUCUUCUCAUUGGAGUUUUUAACUGCUGAGUUUUGGGUUUUUCUCAUGAUGUGUUCUGGAUACAAGUCUUUUGUGAGGUGUGUGGCUUGUGGGCUUUCCUCCUCCUCUGUCGCUUGUCUUUGCGUCCCCGGAACAGGCUCUUUCACGGAGCAGAAGUUUCCCAUUUUGGUGAAGCCCACGUUGUCCGUGCUUUCCUUUUGUGCUCGUGCUCUCCAGGCUAAGUCUGGAAACUUCUCACCAAGUCCUUGGCCUGGAAGAAUUUCUCCGCAGCCUCCUGCAUCAGCGGAUUCACGUGAUCAUGGGAUUAUUUUUCUUUAGUCCAUCAAGGGCGGACGAUACUGGUUGAUUCUUGAGCACCGAACAGCCUCGUCCCUGGAGCGACCCCGCUGGGGCGUGGGGCAUCGUUCUUUGUGCACACAGCCAUUUAUGGCUGAGGCGUCACGAAGGGUCUUGGUAGACUCUGAGUCCGCUGGGUCCUCAGUGCUUGCUCGGCCAUGAGCAGGGGUGUGUGUGGAGGCUUCCGGGGGGGCAGCACCGUCGGGGGGAGACCCAGAGGGAGGUCUAGAAGGAAGCCCAAGGAUGUGGGAGGUUUCGUUUGGGGAUGAGAAGGGCAGCCACUUGCUUGGGUGGUGUCCCCUCCACAUCCGACCCCACAUCACUUGCGGGGCGGGUACCCGGGCGCGGGCCCAGGGGAACGGCUCGCUGGUGUCUGGGCAAGGCCUGGGGCCCAGGGCAUCCCUGAGGUUGGGCAGUUCCAGAAGCGAGGAGGUGCUGGACGUGCGAGAGCCCGUUCUCAAGGCCGGCAGCUCUGUGUCUUCCCGCGGUGGCCCUCAAGGACUGCUCGCUUUUCUGUCGGUCCCCCUUCUGGUGGCAGAUGUGAGUGACAUCAGUCGCCUCCUCAGCGCGUUCCACAAGCCGCACGCGGGCCUCAUCCAGGCCGCCCAGCAGCUGCUCUCCGACGAGCAGGCCCCGCUGCGGCAGAAGCUGCUGGCCGACCUCCUGCACACCGUCAGCGAGAACAUCGCGGCCGAGACCAGGGCCGAGGACCCGCCGUGGUUCGAAGGUUUGGAGUCUCGAUUCAGGAGUAAGUCUGGGUACCUGAGGUACAGCUGCGAGAGCCGGAUCCGGAGCUACCUGAGAGAGGUGAACUCUUACGCCUCCGUGGUCGGCGUGGAGGCUCAGGAGGAGUAUUCCCGCAUCGUGGACGUCAUGUGCCGGGAGCUCAGGGCGGCGCAGUACAAUGGCAGCUACUUCGACAGAGGCGCCGAGGCAGGCGGCCGGCUCUGCACGUCCGAGGGCUGGUUCUGCUGCCAGGGUCCUUUUGACAUGGACACCUGUGCGUCCAAACACUCCAUCAAUCCCUACGGUAACAGGGAGAGCCGGGUCCUCUUCAGCACGUGGAACCUGGACCACAUAGAUCUUCCAAUGCCCUUCAAGUGGCCAUACCGCUUUUGGGGAUCAGAUGGUACUGAGCGCAUACAGGACGUUAUGGGGACAGUCGAGGCUGCCGUCCCACCCCUUCUGGAUCCAUUCCCUUCCGCCCCCAGGAACUGUUCUGAGACGCGUGGCUUCCGUGCGGGUCUGUGGGCGCUCUGUGCUCUUCGUCUUGGAAGACGUCCCUGUAGCCUGGACUCUUGCAUGCUUGUUUGGGGCGUCAGGGGUCCCCCUUCAGAACCUGGAAGGCGGGACAGCGGGGUGUCCGGGCGUCGGCUGCUUUCUGCCUCUUCGGUGGCAGCUCUCGAGCGGCUUUCUCCUGGAACAUGGAGCGUGUGAGGGUGCAGAUCUCUCCUUCACGUUCUGCCUGGGACUUGUCUUCCUUGUUCUGGGACAACUUCCUCCUGGAUUUUGGAAGACUCCUGAGCAUUUAUUAGUCACGACUUCUCGGCUUCUUCCUGUCCGGCUCUUCUGGAACUCUCCACAGCUGCAUGCUGGGCCUUCUUGUCCUGGCUCCCCCGGGCUCCAUCGGCUCAGACUCCAGCUCUGCUGCGGUGUUCCUGGCCACAUCCGGCCACGUCCGGCCACGGGCUGAGCUGUGGCCCCGCAUUCGUACGUCGAAGCCCUGACGGCCAGCGUGACUGUGUCUGGGGAUGGGUCCCCAGGGCGGCUGUGGCGAGGGCAGGCCUGACCUGCCGGACUGUCCCGUGAGGAAAGAGGCCGCCUCUCUGAGCCAGGGACUCUCAGCUCGCCCUGGCCGGCCCCCCCAGUCCCCCAGCCCCUGAACUCGGGGAAAUUACGUCUGUUGCUUGCGCCCCCAGAGCAUGGUGUCUGUGACGCGCCCGGGCCGCCUCGGACGCUUGCCUGUUGUUCAUUCACUUGUUCCCUCUGCAGCUGGGGCGCCUCCUGUCUGUCCACCACGUCCGUAUUUCCUUCCUGGAAGUGCUUCUGGGUUCUUUGUAAAACAAGCCUUUCCAUACCAGUCUGUUUUCAUUAUAUUUUUUAUUUAUUUUAAUUUUAUUUUUUUAAAGAUUUUAUUUUUAAGUAAUCUCUACACCCAGCACGGGGGUUGAACUCACAACCCCAAGACCAAGAGUCGCAUGCCCUUCUGACCAAGCCAGCCUUUUUCAUUAUUAUUUCUGUUUUAAAUCACUUUAUUCAUUUUAAGCAUAUUUGUUUUACGGCUGUAAGGAAUUGAGCUGUGUCCAAAGAGAGGUGUGGCCUCGGCCCCUGGCCCCUGGGAGGUCACCUUGAAGCCCUUGGAGUGUCCUGCCUGUGAGGGUCCUUGCUCCCCUGCGGGCCGUGGUUCGCUGCGUGGUCUAGCAGUGUGAUUGCGGUGGGGGCUGUGGGUCCCGUGGGGGCCGGAGAUGAGGCUCCUCAUCGGGUGGCCGGCCAUGCCCACGUGUCCGAGUCCCGACAAAGACUGGACACCGAGGCCUGGGGAAGCUUCCCUGCCUGGCACCACCCCAGGCGUGUGCUCACCACCGCUGCCGAAGGGGUCUGUGCCCUCCGUAGGGAGAGGGCGGCGGGAGCUCUGCAUCUGGAACUUUCCUGGACUCUAACCUGUGAGUCCCUUCCCUUGGCUGAUUUUAAUUUGCAUCCUCUCAUGAUUAUAAGCCACAGCUGUGAGCAUAACAGUGUCCAGGGGCGUCUGAGCCUGUUGAGCCAACUCUCAAACCUGUGGGUGGUCUCGGGGAGCCCUGGACUUUACGGUUGGCAUCGGAAGAGGUCUCAGGGAGCCCUCCCUAGCUCUCAGCGGUCUGCCUCAGAGGCUGUAGCCCGGGUCUUUCUCGGGGGUCCUUGCCCGUUGCUGUGUGCUCCUGGUGACGUUGCUGGGUCUGGAUUCCGAGUUCAUCCUCAGCAGGAUGGUUUUCUGUGGACGUCCUGUGUGUGCUGGCUUGUCCUUCCCCACAGAGUGGUUUUGCAUUUGUUUCCGCCGGACACCCAGGGCUUUCAGUGGCUCUGAAACAACUGAGUAUUAAUUUCUUGCUUGGCUCCCACAUGUGUGGCGGCGUGAGGUCGGACUGUGUGUCUGUGAACAGUGAGCUGAGGGUCCUGGCUUCCUGGGUGACUGUGGAAGUGGUCAUGCUGUUGGUGCUCCCCGAAUCAUACCUCCCGCUCCCUGCACCGUGUGGGUUCUCCCGACGCCUCCCGUCACUGAAUAAGGCUCGGCCACGUGGCUCCAGCAGACCGGAUACCAGCGGAGGCCUGAUACGUGCUUGCACGCUGGGGCCUGUUCUCUGGGCGCUGCCAUUCCCAGGGAGGGGCCUGACCUGGCUCCCUGGGGAGAAAGCCCGGCCCCCAGUCAGCCCUCUGGCCAGCCCAGCCACAGGAGUGGGUCAGGGUCAGCAGGAGCCCUGCCACACUGACCCCCACAGGCCUCUGUUCUGGGGCUGGGUAUGCAGCAGAAGGUAGCUGACGGGGUGGCUUUUUCUCCCUCCCCAGAGCCCGGGGCUCCCUGCCACUUCCCUUCCCACACUAACAGCUGCAGUGGGGUCUCCGUCCCACCUCCCCGGCUCUCCCCUUGGGCCCCUUUCUGGACCACAGCCCUAGUGGGCUGCAGGAGGGUGGCUCACCCCUGCGGAUCAAGCAUGGACGUCUCUGUUUCUGGCAGGGGGGCCCCCCUUCUUUCUUGUGAUCUCAAGUAUGUACUUCUUUUCCCUUUUAUUCAGCGUUUCUGUGCCGUGGGGACACGAGUCUGUGUGCUUUGGUCCUCCAGCUGUGGUACUUCUGAUUCCUUCUUGUCGGUCCGCAAGCUUCCGUCCCCAUUAGUACACGGGCUUUGAAUGGUUUGUUUAUAAGUGAAACAGGCUUACACAAAGCAGUGUGGACGCACACAAGCAUGAGGCUAGGGUUGGAAAGACAGACGUCAGCCCUCACCACGACACUCUCCAGGGAGGACGAGGGGGAAGGCUUUAUUUCUGGGGUUCUGCUGAGGAGGGACUGAGGACGCCGGGCCCCACCCCUUUCCUUCUGCGUACU